AGACCGCGGGCUCCGGAUUCAUGAAUACAAAAUAACCGGGUUGUCAUGGCGGAGGCUGCGGCUUGUCCUGCUUUCCAGCUCGGAGGGUCGCGCUACGACCAGGGUUCCUUUCUCGGCCGGCUGAGACAUUUCGUUGACAUCAUCGACCCAAGCACACUCUUUGUAUCUGAGAAACAACUUAAAGAGAGCAUCAGUCUCCUGGAUGACUUUAAACAUGGAACACUCCCACCAGGAAUCUCCAAUCUUCAGCUGUGGAAAGCCCAAAAGAUCAAACAGGCCAUCAUUCAUCCCGACACAGGCGACAAGAUCUUCAUGCCGUUCCGAAUGUCAGGUUACGUACCAUUCGGAACGCCCAUUGUCAUCGGCCUUCUUCUGCCGAAUCAGACUGUGGUGUCCACCAUUAUUUGGCAGUGGCUGAAUCAGAGUCACAAUGCUUGUGUCAACUACGCCAACCGCAAUGCCUCAAAGCCAACACCAACAUCCAGAUUCCUGCAAGGUUAUUUUGGAGCUGUGACCAGUGCUGUGUCGAUUGCUGUGGGACUGAAUGUGCUUCUUCAGAAGGCCAAUAAACUGAGUCCUGCCACCAGAAUCCUAAUACAGAGAUUCGUCCCUUUUCCAGCAGUUGCAAGUGCAAACAUUUGCAACGUGGUCCUGAUGAGACACAACGAGCUGUCCGAAGGGAUUGACGUGCUCGACGCCAAUGGGAAUGUGGUGGGCUCCUCCAAAAUUGCUGCUACGCAUGCCAUCGCAGAGACGGCGUUCACACGUGUGGUCCUCCCCAUGCCCAUCUUUGUGCUGCCCCCCAUCAUCAUGUCCUAUCUAGAGAGGCUGCGCUUCCUGCAGAAGAACCGCAGGCUGAUGCUGCCCAUCCACAGCGUUGUGUGUCUGCUUACGUUCGGCCUGUCGUUGCCUGUGGCCAUCAGCCUCUUCCCGCAGAUGUCACAGAUUGAGGUGUCUCGCCUGGAGCCUGAGAUCGCCAUGGCAACAGAUUGCAAGGUGGUGACCUACAACAAGGGUUUAUGAUGGAUGACAUGACGGUUCAAGAGGAAAUAAGGACAAGCUAUGUGGAACAUUAACAUAGAAUCGUAUCACAUUUAAAAUGCAUUUUAUUGAAAUAUCUAUUGUAAGUAGGCCACAAAAAAAGUCUGGAAGGCACAUUAAUAGUUGAAACAUGCAAUAAUAGUGUUUGCCACAAGAGAGCAGUGAAAAUACAUAAACAUGUAUUGAUGA